AUGUUUUCAAAAGUAGCAGAUAACCACUGUCAUAUCGAUGUAAAUUGCACGAAAGAAGACAUCAUGGAAACUGCAGAUGCAAUUGCGCUAUCUCCAGAACUCCGAGAUGGAUUUUUCAGCAUAAUGACAACGUAUGAACGAGAUAUGCAUUUGCUUCAAAUUUUAUUUCACCGUCUAGGAAAAACUCAGAAUAAAUUGAUGCCUUAUUGGGGUGUCCAUCCUUGGUAUUCUCACCUAUUCACGUUCUGUGAGCGCGAUGGUGAAAGUUUGGCUUCGUGGAAAGAGAAACAUUACCGACAAGUGUUAGAGCCAGAGCCAACCAACGAGAUGAUGAGGGUACUUCCUGACCCAAUUGAUAUGAAUCUGUACUUGAAGACACUUCAAGACACAAUACAGCGGUGCAAACCACCUCACGGCAAGUUUGGAAUAGGAGAAAUUGGCCUUGAUAAAUUAUUUAGGGUUCCCUCAGCAGGCUACUAUGGCAGUCUCGCGACUAUAGACUCCAAUUCUCCUCGUCUUUCGCCCUGCAAAGUGACUAUGGAGCAUCAAGAACGGAUCUUGCAGAGCCAGCUUCUACUAGCGGAAGAACUCCAGGCUCCAAUCUCGGUCCAUUGCGUCAAGGCUCAUGGUCGGCUAUACGCGGCUAUUGAAAAAUUCCGCGGUCCAACUAUCAUACUCCAUUCAUAUACGGGAUCAACCGACCAGGCGCAGAUGUGGAUUCGAAAAACCGACAAGCUCAAUCAGCAGAUCUUCUUCUCUUUUUCACAGUGGAUAAAUGGAGAGAAAGCUGCUCAAUUGCGGGCAUUAAUGGAAAUUCUUCGAGACGAGCAUAUACUAGUGGAGAGCGAUGUCAGUAUAGACAGAUACGAUCUUGAAACUUAUAAGCUGGAACAUAUACAGCAAAUAGUGGAAACUGUGAAAGCAAUACGAAAAUGGGACAGUUUGGAGAUUUUGAGCCAAAAUAUAGAGAGGGCUAUCGGGGUCAAAGAGAUAGAAAAUUUAUACUGA